CAAUCGGCAGUGCCAAAUCCAACGCUGUCGGCCGCCGGUGCGUCUCCUCUCAUGCGCCCGGCGCGACCGCGUGCCCUUUCGCUCGCCUAUUACCCCCGCUUUUACCCGUUGCCACCCGCGCGACGGCAGCAACCGCUACAGCGAAGCAGCCCCGCUCCUCUCCCCUCACCCACCCCACCACACACCACUACGCCACCGCAACCGAACAAAACGCGGAGUGGCCGCGCGGAGUCGGACGAGAGGCGGUCUUCUGUUCUACUGGCAGCACUGUACCCGCGCGCCGCUACUGUUUCCCUGUCUCCGUCGGAGCAUCGAUUUCGUGUGCCGCCUUCCGCAGCACCCGCUUUCUAGCUGCUUCGCGUUGGCUCGUGGUCGCGGUCCUGAGCGUCUGAGCGGGUGGUAACCCUGAUUUUUUUCUUCUCGGGCUAUUCAUCAGCUUAAGCCACUGUUGCUUUCCCCAAUCCAAUCCUCCGUGAUCGAUCGGCGCGGAUGGAGGCGCUGAAGAAGCAGGCCAGCAAGCUCCGGGAGCACAUCGCCAAGCAGCAGCAGGCGGUUCUCAAACAGUUCAGUGCGCGCUAUAAUCAGGAUCCUUCUCUUGUCGAUGAAGCGGAGCUUGAGUACCACCAGAAUCUCCAGAGGCUUUACAGUACUACAAGAGCAGCUAAACAUUUCCAGCGAAAUAUUGUACGGGGUGUGGAAGGUUUCAUUGCUGUUAGCACCAAACAGAUGGAGAUAGUGAAAAAACUAGCUGAGGAUUGUUGCAAAUAUGGAAACGACAAUCAACAUUUUGGCUUUGUUCUUGCAAGGGCGUCUGUGGAGUUUGGUAAAUCCCAUAGCCAGAUUGAGGAAGAGCGGGAGAAUCUUCUAAAAGUUCUUGGAGAGGAGGUUUUUGAGCCUCUCCGGGAAAUGAUAAUGAGCGCUCCUCUUGAAGAUGCUCGUUUGUUAACCUACCGUUACCAACGGAUAAGACAAGACAUGGAGUCUCAGAUAGCUGAUGUGAUGAGAAAGCAACUUAAGUCCAAGGAGAGUAAUGGUAAUAAAGAUAGUUCUGUGAAACUGCAACAUGCAGAAUCAAAAUUAUCAGAACUUCGAACUACACUGGCAGCAUUAGGAAGAGAGGCAACUGCAGCUAUGGAGGCUGUAGAGGCUCAACAACAACAGGUUACCUUUGACCGGCUCCUUGCAAUGGUUGAUGCUGAGAGAGCUUAUCAUCAAAAUGCUGCUGAUAUUCUGAAUAAACUCCAUGAUGAGGUGGCAACAAAUGGUUGGUCGGAAGGGGAAUGCAAGGGAAAGGCUGGCUGGUUUCCAUCUGCCUAUGUAGAGCUGAGGGACAAAGCCCCGGCAAGCAAGGUUGAUGCAACCAAUGAUCUAGUUACGCUGCUGUCGUUGUCCUCAACGAAAAUAGAGAAGUCAGAGGACGCAAUUGAAGCGCCCAGGCCCAGCAUGUCUGCGUGGGCAAAAGAAACUUGGUGGUUGGAUCCCUCGAUCCAACUUCAUCUGAAGUCUGAACCUUAACUGGAACAGAAACGCCCGCUUUCCCUCAUUCACCGGCCACAAGCUGCUUCGUUGCCUUUGCUCGACUCUGCAGGUGCUGAAUUUAUUGAGUCAAGUCUCGCAUCUCUUCUGCUGCCGGUCUGGCUCAGCUCGGAUGAGGAUGCCACGGUUGUUUUCUGCCUGGACACGCACAUGGAGCCCGGAAAGCUCAGAGCCCCGGCCCACGCAGCCGCAAGUGAAACGGUAGCAGCGGCGAGGAAAAGAGCGGAGACGGAAGAGCCGGGGGGCAAUCGUCAUUGCGCAGGUGGGCGCCGGUGGUGUCCACGGAUUGAUGGCGUGCGUUUCCCCCUCACCAUUCUCGAGCCGUUGGGGCCUCACGCAGUUAUGAUGCUUGGCUCGGCGUUGUUGCUCGUUUCAGUCGAUUUGGGGAGCAAAAACAGCCAAAAAAAAUGUCGUGGAUGCUGAAGACUUGCCAGUGAUCCAUUCAGCCUUGUCUGAUCUAUCCGGUGGUGGAUGGUAGUGACAUGUUUCUCUCCUCUCGCUAAGCACUGGCUUAAACCUAGAUGGGUGUCAGAUUGUAGUGCUUAUCGAUGCCACAAAGGGACAUUGGAGGGAUCUGACUCUCAGUUUGUGCUAAUUUACCGGACAU